UUCCACACCAGAAACUGAGGAAAUGUCAGAUAACCGUUCACCAGACUUGAGUUUCGAGAACGAGGCAGAUGGUUUGUUGGUUGAAAGCAGUGCAUCACUACUAGACGUAUCUCUAAGACUCCAUGACUAUGGAAGGUUUACACCAGUACCCGCCAUAAUCCGUCAUCAGUGUGAACAAGUGCAACCGGAGCUGAUUUCUGUGGUUACUCAAACCGACGAUACGAGAGUUCCCAGAAGUAUAUCAACCCAGACUUCUACUGAAACGUCGACAGUUGGGAUACAAGUGGAUCGGCCUAGCUUCACCUUUGAGGAUAUAAGGGAUGAUGACGAUAAGGUGUUGUUCUACACUGGUAUCCCAACUGCUGGAACUUUUGAGUGUUUAUUUGAUGAGGUCAGUGUUGGAAUGAAAGCAGGGUUAGCACGAAAAACCUGUCCCCGGAAAAUAAAGUGUGUUUAUAAACUGAAAUAGUCAUGCUAAUAUAAACUGGAAAAGUGGCUCCUUAAAACUAGUACAAAUUAAGUUUGAUAAGAAGCUGAACAAGUGAA